AUGGAUGAAAUCGCCGAAGGGCAAACUGUGACAUUCAGCGCAGAUCAAUCAACGAUUUCUGUAAAAGCUCCAACGGUUCCAGAAGCUGAUAAAAUGCUUCGAAGGAUUUCAUACGUCAACACACAGGAAAGCCCAGUUCCUGGACAUCGGCCGUGGACAGUGGAGACAACAGUAGAGUGCAAGGGAGGAAAACAACUCACUCUACCUUCCUCAAAGGGUUACAUUUUUGUUGAACAAGAAGCCGAUCCAGUACUAUCACUCUCUGGCUCCGUGAUCCUAAACAUCGACCAACACUCCGUCAAAGUUGGCACACCGAUGAUUUCCGAUAUCCAAAUCACUGUCAGCCAGCCAGAAGGCGAUGGUAAAAUGAAGGACGUGACAUCGUCGCAUAUGCUGGAUUAUUGUAAAGUGCAUCUGAAGCCUUCGAGGGACAUGGAUCUGGAGUACUUUUCCUCACCAGCAUCGUUGAUUGCCGCGCUUCAGAUCGAUUUUGAACACGAC